AUGGCCAUUCUCAACCCUGGUGCUGGCCUCGCCGCGCGACUAUUGUGGCAGCUCCUCGACCUUCAUUCGAGGACUGCCCUGUUGCGGCAAAGUCAGGGAGCUUUCCGGCGUGACAUUGCGUGCUUCUCCGGAUCUGCUGACUCGUGCUGCUCCAGCGGAUCGCUCAAGCCUCGUCACAGACACAGAUAUGACAUUGAUGUCGACGGCCGUUUUGGUCGCAUGUACAGCCCGUCGUCUCGGGUGCUCGACGAUGCCUGUAUAAAACCAUCCCUCGGCCCACUGCGCCUUGCCAUUGUCCAUUGUCGACUCCAGCUCCACCACCUCCCACGCUCCCACACACAGCUCCCAGCUCCUACAGUAGCUCCCUCAGCUCCCCCUCGGCCUCGUCCUCCGCCAUACUCGUCGCCCCAGGGCUCCCCACUGCUGUGUCGUCUCUGCGUCCUCGUCCGUCCAGCUGCAUCCGCCACAGCUCCAGCUCCAGACCAUUCCAGGCCAACCCCCGCCAGCCCCACGAAGCUUGCCCGUCCAGGACUCGCACGCAGCCCGCCAAUCGUCCUCGUCGUCGCCAGCUCCCAGCGGUGCUCGUCUCUCCAGCCCACGGGUCGGCAGCUCUCCAGCACCCAGCUCGCGCUGCCUCCGUACCUUGGUACGCUCCGCCCACCACCACGUCUCGACGUGCGCCGGCUCGACCCUCGCAGACCCUCGCAACCAGCAGCCAUGUGCCAGAAGUUCGUGCACACGUUCAGCUGCGGCCACCAGAUGGUGCAGAAGGCGGAAUGCGCCACGUCGAGGUCGACGAACUGCGGCGUGCUGCAGGUGAAGAAUAUCAAGCAUGACGAGAAGUGCGAUAGCUGCGAUCACUGA